CAUUCUGACGACGUCAUCACCCGCGCCCCGUCGCAUUCUGAUGGCGUCAUCACUCGCGCUCCGUCGCGCUGAGUUGACGUCACCACCCGCGCGACGCUGCCUGGGAGGAGGGCGCCAUGGCGGCCGCGGAGUACUCCAAACGGCCCCUGCAGCUGACGCUGGCGCUGCUGAAACCGGACACCGUUGCCCACCCGCUAGUGCUGGAAGCCGUGCAUGAGACCAUCCUCAGCAACCGUCUCCUCAUCGUGCGCGCCAAGGAGCUGCGCUGCGGGCGGGGGCAGAGCCUCCGCUUUUACCGGGAGCACGCGGGGCGAUUCUUCUACCAGCGGCUGGUGGAGUUCAUGGCCAGGUACCUGCUGUGCCAUGUGGUGGGCAGUGCAGGGCACGAGGAAGGAAUAGGAAUUCCCCAGCGUCAGCUAGCAGGGAAAUUGCCGCAUGCUUCCCAGAGUUCAUUGAACAGCUCUGGUACCAGCAGGAGAAGCCACGUCUGCGCUGUGGGCAGAUGUAUUACAAUGCAGAGAAGCGUGUCCACUGUGUGAUCAGGGGUGAAGAAACAGAGUUGACAUGAGUUACACGGCGGUAUGGUCUGCUGAGCUGGAUAAAGCUGCUAGCCACACUGUUUGGGUCGGUCCUAUAACAAGACACAGAGUCAUGACGUGUCUUAAGGACUGUGUGGAAAGGAAGGACAGAUGAGCAUCAUACUGUGCUGCUUGGGACUGUUAUUUGUGCAGCAUACAGGUGCUGGGACACUCCUGAAACAACUUCUCCACUAGCAGUACUGAAAGUAAACAUAGAGAUAAAGCCAUGCACUUCCCCAGACCUCGUGUGCUUAUUUGUGUAUGAGCAGUGCAGAUGAAUUCCUCCAAGGACUUGGCAGCUAGGGGAUGACUAGCGUGCAGAUAGUAGGCCCGUAUUACUAUCUGCUCUAUUCUCUCCUUCCCUUAUGAAGGAAGGGCUUAAUGGAAUGAAUAUGGAAAAAAAUGCAGUGGUGAGCAGUGCAAUAGUAACUCUUCUGUUAUUGCUUUCCUGGAUCCAAGCUGGGAGGAAAGGUGGCCUUCAAACUCAUAUAAAAUUUCUUAUCGUAAGCACUAGUGGAGGGCACAGUUGGAAGUUGUUCUCAGUAGGAAAGCAGUUCCUUUUAGUCUGGGCUGACAACCCUAUGGAAUAUCUUCUAGAAGUGAUUGCAGAAAGAUGUGAAGCAGCCCAGUGCCUGUGAAAGAUUAUACAUUGUUUGCUCUUACAUCUUCUGGAAUGUGGGGUUGAUGGCUCUGAUGGAACCUGAGAGUGGCUGUUAGAACUACGAAAAUUUUGAGUGUGUAAUAAAGGCAAAAAAUACAUAAUUCAGUGCAUGUACACAGACACCACAGGGGUUCUGUCUGGAGCUCUUCACAUUCAGCCUCAUAACAGAAUACCCAGUGGUGACUCAAAGACUGAAUUGCUUCUGGGUUUGCUGUGAGCACAGAGUUCCACAUCCUUUCUACAGUUAUGUUCCAAGUGUUUCAACCAUCCGGAUUGUUGGUAGGUUACUGUGUGGUGGGGCACGAGGACUUGGGUUUGAGUUACUGUGAAAGUUCUGUGCUCACUUACGUUCUCCUGUCUGAUGCAUUUUGAGAUCUGUCCACGUGUGAGUCUUUAAUCCAUUUAAACAGUCCCCUACUAUUUUUUUCCAAUACUGAUGAUUUUUUUUAAUCAAGGUACUGAGUGAACUUUCUUUCACGUAAUUCCAAAUGCACUGAAUCAGAGAAGGGACUCUGGGAAUGUACUUAGGCAAACAAACUCAUCCCCAUUUUGAUGUUAAGCAUGAGUGUCACUGAUACUGAAGCUCUGUUGAUUGAGUCCCAAAUUAAAUAGCGCGCUGUUCUGUCACAGAUCACAAACAAGUUGCUCUUUGAUCAGUUUAAGACAGCUAUGCUUGAGAAAAUGUAAGUUGUCAAAGUGCUGCCCUCCAGCUUCCUUGAUUCAGUACACUUAAGUUGUUCUUUCCUUGCUAUUACAGGAGAUUAAACACAGCCAUUAUUUUGUUUCAGGUACAGAUCAAAAGAAUCUGCUGAAUAUGUCUGCAUUUCUGCCUUGCUGCUUUUAUUUUCACCCGCAGUACCCAAAGGUAGAUCUGUUCAUGACAUGAAAUUAUCCAUUAUGACAUGAAUUCGUGCUGCAUUAAUGAUUGAUUCGUUAUUGGUUCCCCAAA